AUGCCACGCAUAUCAACAUCUUUACUCAUUAAAGCGUAUCGAGAAAACUCACUAUUGCCGUUACUUCUUCGAGAGUGCCGCUCGCUGACAUCCGCGAGAAAUGAAUUGCGAUGGCUUCGCGAACGCGCUCUGCAUGAUAGCCAGUCAGCUUCGAGACUGACAAAGGGAUCACUAUUUGGAUGGCGGACGCGUCUCAGAUCCAUGUGCCAACGACGGUCUAAAGGGGUUCCACUGCAGUACAUUCUUGGCGACCAGCCGUUCGGCGAUUUGGAAAUUAUUUGCCGGCGAGGUGUCUUGAUUCCAAGGUCUGAUACCGAGUCCUUUACUGUGCAGGCUGCUAAGACUGUUCGUCAAAUGGCCCUAGAGCACAUGCACGAUAAUCAGGCCCCGCAAAUGGAGAAACCUCUGCGGGUGUUGGAUCUGUGCACUGGAACAGGUUGCAUAGCACUGUUGUUGCACACACUUCUUGCUCCACAAUUUAAAGAUCUUAUGAUACUUGGAGUAGACAUCAGUGAUAAUGCUCUAAAUCUGGCGCGAACCAAUUUGGAAUACAAUCUCCGACAGGGUUUGCUAUCCAAUGACGCUCUUACCCAAGUCCACUUUCAGCGUGCCGAUGUUCUUAACAGAGGACUUGGUGCUGGAUUGACGGUGAAAGAGGCUCUAGAACAACACUUCAAUGGACUGGGAGGGAAGAGCGAGCCACAUUCUGCGCUUGGGCUUGAUUUACUGAUCUCCAAUCCGCCUUAUAUCUCCACCGUGGACUUCCGGAAUGGCACUACGUCACGAAGCGUUCGACGAUUCGAGCCAGAACUAGCAUUAGUGCCGCCUGCUACUUCUAAGUCUGCAAUACUCGAAGGAUGCAAUCCGGAAGACAUAUUUUAUCACCAUAUCCUCACUCUUUCGCUCCAAUCAGUUGCCAAAACCACAGUCCUUGAGUGUGGGGAUAUAAUGCAGGCUCGCCGAGUGGUCGCUAUGCACAAGAAGAUGAUUUCACAUAAGUCAGGAUACUUUGACACGCAAAUAUGGCCAAGCUCUGAGCGAGAUUUGGCAGAAAAUGGAUUCCAUCAUAGUGAUGGAGCGCGCUGUGUUAUCAUUACAAGGCGAGAUAAUGUAUGA